AGCAGGCGAGCAGGCUGGCAGCUGCCGAGAUCUUUGAGCGCUGGCGCCUCGCUCUCAGAAGCUCCGGAUCCAGACACGCGAGGGCUGCUUUCUCAGGGACAGCAGCUCGGGCUGUGGAGGGAGGACUCGGGCUUGUCCUCCUCCUCUACAUAUUGGCUUGACUCUGCUCUGACCCCCACCAGCGCGGCACAGUCUGGGAAUAAAAGCAGAAGUAUGGUGAAGCUGAACGGCAACCCUGGAGAGAAGGGGGCCAAGCCGCCUUCGGUGGAGGAUGGCUUCCAGACGGUCCCCCUCAUCACGCCCUUGGAGGUUAAUCAUUUACAGCUGGCUGCUCCCGAGAAGGUGAUCGUGAAGACAAGAACAGAGUACCAGCCGGAGCAGAGGAACAAAGGGAAGUUCCGGGUGCCGAAGAUCGCUGAAUUUACGGUCACCAUUCUUGUCAGCCUGGCCCUCGCUUUCCUCGCCUGCAUUGUGUUCCUGGUGGUUUACAAAGCCUUCACCUAUGACCACAGCUGUCCUGAGGGAUUUGUCUAUAAGCACAAGCGCUGUAUCCCGGCCUCGCUGGACGCUUACUACUCAGCCCAGGACCCCAGCUCCAGGAGCCGCUUCUACACAGUCAUCAGCCACUACAGUGUGGCCAAGCAGAGCACUGCCCGGGCCAUCGGACCGUGGUUGUCGGCAGCCGCCGUCAUCCACGAGCCCAAGCCGCCCAAGACCCAGGGCCAUUAGAGGCCCGCCUCAGCUGGGAUGGGGGUGGUGGGUGGAGAGGGGAACCCCCGACUGGCUAGGCAAAGCUGAAGCUACAAGACAACACUGUACUGGGGGGGUCGGGG